UGGCGUCGGCGGGCUCCGGCAGGAGGCGGUGCCGGUGCUCCUCCCUGAGGGUGGCAGCGGCCUCCAGCGUCCGGCGCCUAUCGUCGGCCAUCCUCCGCAGGAGGCGCUGCAGCCUCCUGGCCAUGACGCGCCGCUCCUCCUCCGGCUCGCCGAUGUGGCAGCACGUUUCUCCAGCUCCGCCUCCAUCACGAGCAUCAUCACAUCUGGCUUCGUGGCCGCAGCCGCUGUCGCCCCAUGGAAGGGAAGUCGUCGGUGGACUGAAAGACUCGGAGGGGGAGACUGCAAUGUGCUUGUAUACUGCUAUGAAUUCUCAAAUUGUUUCAAGUGCUAUAAAACAGUGUAAAGAUAUAUUAUUUUGUAAAUUGAUCUGGAAUGAUAUAUUGAAUGAAAUCAACAAAAGAUGAUGCUGAUCACUGCAAACUCAUAUGGCUGCACAAAAGAAUGCAUAUUACUGCAACUCUGCAAAUUUAUAUGGCUGAUUACACAGAACUAGAAAACCAAAACUACCAGAACAUGAUGGCCAAGGAGGCUGUCGAGCCAUUCUUUUGAGUGCAUAUGGGAUAUAAUCUAUAAUACUAGAAAUCAUCCAAAACAGCAUCUGUGAUUGCUCCCUGAGAAUUAGAAAAACAAUAAUUCAACAUAAUGGGCCAUCUGUGAUUGAGAGAAAAAGUGUAUUACUUCGAAAUAUUACUAGAAUUCAGCAUCUAUUCUCUGAAGCUCUCAAAUUCAGCAUCAAGAUCAUUGGUGAAUGGUCCCUGGAAAAGAAAACAAAAGAAAAGUGAACUCUGUGUGUCAUCAGUAGAUUGAUCACUGGAAAAUAAAAGAAAUCAAAGUGAACUCUGUGCACAUACAUGCACUAAAGUCGGAGAGAAUACUUGGUUCUUCCUCACUGCCUUCGUCAUCUACAUGUUUGGGGUCUUUCUUGCUGCCUUUUUUCUUGCUGCCUUCAUCUUCAUCUUCGGGUUCAGCUAGAUGUUUGACAGCAUUUUGCAUAAUAUGAAAAGUACACAAGCCAUGCCAUGCUUCUAAAAACACUUCCUUAACUGCUUUUCCCAUUACAAAAUCUUGAUCAGUAUAAAUUAUUUUUGGUUGCUUGCCAUUAUGUGCUUUGAGGAAAGUCUCAAAUAACCACUUGAAGGACUCAAAUGUCUCAUCAUAUAAGAGAACGGCACCAAAAACCACUGUUUCUCUAAACUGAUUGAACCUAACAAAUACACCAAAAGUCUACUUUCCUUGUUUGUUCCAAAAGUAGUGUCAAAACUGACAACAUCACCAAAAUAUGCAUAGUCAGUGAGCAUUUUAGCAUCAACCCAAAAUAUAUUUGCUAUUUAUUCUUCUAUAUCCAUUUGCAAUGCAUAUUGAAAUGAAGGGUUCUCAGCAAUUUUAUCUUGAAAAUACAUAAGCAUGCUUCCUGCUUGACCAUAUGCCAUCUCUCGCUGGCGCUUGGCCCGUAAAUAAUUCUUGUGAUCACGAAGAGUAUAACUGAGAUUGGAUGAACCACACCAACUUGCACACACGCCAACUCAUGUGCUGCUUUGGGCCCAAUUCCUGCAUCGUCAGCUGUUUCAAUUUCAAAACCUUGUAACUCUGAAAUUUUUCUUUGAGACACCAUCAAGUGCGAGGUUUGUGGCAACUGAAGCAUGUGAUUGUGUUCCAAAAUCAAAUCAGCAACUUUAUAAGUUUCCUUCUCCCGAUCCAUUAUAAGACCCAUGCGAACCUGACAAUCAGUUCUAAUUUCAGCUCUUGGAUACUUUGUUAGAUGAUCCCUUUUAUCUUUCUUUCUAUGCCCCUCAUUUGCACAAACAUAUCUGCAGGACCUAACUUUCCCAUCUGACUUUCUUUUGUUUGUGUACAUUUUUCUUACCUCAAAGCCUUUUUGACCCCAUAGCUAAUCCAAAACAUUCAGGCCUCAUCUAUAGUAUUGAACUCCAUGCCAACUUGAGGUAAAAGACUAGAAAUCAAGCCUUUCCUACAAGAAAAAAGAAUAAAGAUGGCAUGAUAUUAGGCAGCGAAUUGAACGACUCAAAUCUAUACCCUAUGCAAAUAAAUAAAAAGAAACAACCAUGGCAUUACGCACCUAUUUUCUUCCAUCUUCAGUAUGCAGAUUUAAUUUUAAUGCAAGCGAGUUGAUGUUUCCUUCAAGCUUCUAUACCGGUCUUUAUUCAAUCGAUCAGUUCGAGCACAAUUCAAUAAGGGAGGACGAAAAACAAUCAGAACAGAACAAGCAUAGUAUGCAAGGUACUAGCUAAAGAGAUGGACACGGGAGCAGUUCAAGCACAAUCCAAAUAUAUUUUGGCACCAUUUUGCAGAUGGAUGGAGAGCACAAGCAGAAACCUGAGCCUGACGCACGGCCUUCGUCGAUCCGCGAUCGCCGCCGCACGACGUUCGCUGCUCGCGCCAAAAAUGUGAGUCCGGCGCCAAAGCAGCGAUUAUUCGCGCCAGGAAACUUACGCGUCGUUCCUGAUGUUGGGCCGGCCCAGCAAGCCUAAUGGGGCACCGUCUGUGAGACAGGAGAUGGAACAUCUGACGGUUGGAUAGGAAAGCAACGGGUCAGAUGCAUGACUGGAGAGGGAAGUCGUUUUUGCCGACUUUAGAGGAUCUCGUUCCGCGGGGGGCUGUUCGGCGUCGCAGGUGCGACUGUGAGCGCGCGCAUUGCACAAGGCCCACUGCGGUCCACGAGCAGCUCGCCCCCGCCGCUGCCCUCCUCCUCCGUCUCUGGCGGCCGCCGACGCCGGAUCCGCCACCGCUCGUCGCCGCCGCCGCUAAUCUGUCGGUUUUCCGCGCCCUGUCUUCUCGACCGCCGGCGGCCUGGCUUCCCUGCCACCCCCCCCUCCUCUUCUAAUAUCUGUGGGCCGAUGGCAUCAGUUAUCAGUUUCUGGAUGCUGUCGUCGGAUGCCAAACGGACGGCCAUCAGCAAAGCCUGACUGAACUGCAGAGGACCUGGUUACGGUCAGGAGACCUCUUUCUCCGCUCCACGCCUUCCGCCUUCGCCCCCCUCUUUCUGUCGGCUUCUCCUUCCUAGCGGCGAUCACAGGGCGAGCGGCGCCGCCCUAGGCCGGGCCAGGUCUUCGUCGGGCGCUUCGCCGGCGACAAGGAUCCGCGAGUUUAACUGAUCCUACAAGCUUCGGAACAUGUUCAAGAAUACAUUUCAGUCUGGGUUCCUGUCUAUUCUUUAUAGCCUUGGGACCAAACCACUGCAGAUAUGGGAUAAGGAAGUUGUGGAUGGGCACAUUAAACGACCUCAGGAUGAAGAUAUCCAGUCUAAUGUUCUUGAAAUCAUUGGAGCAAAUGUACAGUCAACUUACAUCACAUGCCCAGCUGAUCCUUCUGCUACUCUUGGAAUCAAGCUACCGUUUCUGGUGAUUAUUGUGAAAAAUCUUAAGAAAUACUUCACGUUUGAGAUCCAAGUUCUGGAUGAUAAGAAUGUCCGACGGCGAUUUCGGGCAUCAAAUUUUCAAUCUGUUACAAGGGUAAAGCCAUAUAUCUGCACAAUGCCAUUGAAGCUUGAUGAUGGCUGGAACAACAUUCAGUUGAACCUCGCUGAUCUUACAAAAAGAGCAUAUGGCACAAAUUACGUCGAGACACUACGGGUGCAAGUUCAUGCCAACUGUCGACUUCGCAGAAUUUAUUUCUCCGAUCGCCUCUACUCGGAGGAGGAGCUGCCACCUGAAUUCAAGCUCUACCUUCCAAUCCAAAAAUCAUAGGAAUCCGAGCAAGCAUGGAGAGACUUUGUUCACCAGGAGCCGUGCCACAUAUCAGUGUGACGAUCGCUAGCCCAAAGCUGCGCAUUUGCCUUGCUGAGACCAAGAAAAGUAUCAGAAUGUUUUUGUUAGUCUGCUGAUUGCUGUCUGCCGGAUGACUAGGCCCUUUUGUUCAGAGCAAGAUGACUGGUUGGGGCUCUUACCCAGUGACCUUUGUCUACGUGACUUGAAAUGUCAAUGGAAAACCCUUUUGCUACUGGUCCUUCUGGUCCAGAGCAAAACCUACCGUUACUGGCUGCUGCCCGGCCAUUUAACGUGCCUCUUCCGCUGUGGUACUGUCUCUA